AUGAUUGCGCUGGUACACCCACCCUCCCGGUCUUACCUCGAUUCACGGACGGGUCAAUUAUUUGGAGAAGGAGGAGUGGAACAGACCCUGCACCCAGAAACGAAUGCAAAGACGCCUGUCAUCAGCGGCGUGCAUGGCAAGGUUAUUAUGGGAAAGCUGGGCAACGAAACAGCGAAAGCUGCCCUUGGGCGUGCUACGUGGAAACUAUUACAUACCAUGACAUUACGAUACCCUGAGCAUCCCACACCUGAUGAACGAGAGGCGCUAAACUCCUACUUCUAUUUGAGCUCCAGAUUGUAUCCAUGUGGCGAAUGCGCCGCUGAAUUCCAACAACUUCUCGAAAAGUACCCUCCGCAGACAUCUUCUAGACGCGCUGUAUCUCUUUGGCUAUGCGCUCUCCACAAUCAAGUGAACGCUCGACUCAACAAGCCUGAAUUUGACUGCGCUCAUUUGAGUGACGAGUAUGAUUGUGGCUGCGGCGACGAUCCAGUGGACGCUGAAAAAUCAUCCCCUAAAUCCAACAACAUCGAUCCUAUGGAUCUUGAAGAUGAUCAGAGCAAAGACGACAUCACAGGCGUUGACAUGAUUCGGGGAGGUCGAUAA